UGUAUGAUCACGUCGUCAAUGGGUCAGGAGCGUGGGAGGGUGAGUUGACCAGGACAUAGACUGCCCUGUGCGCCUGUUUGAAGCAGUUUGAAGUGACGGGAUCGAGCAUGAGGGCAUCGACAGGCAGAGCGCAGAGAGAACAGAGAAAAUACAGAGUAUGCAGCGUAGAGUACAGAGCAAAUACUGCAAAUACAGAGAAUACAGAGAAUACAGCGUAUACGGCGUCGACAGAGAGAAUGCCGCGUAUUGGUUGCUGCUCCACGGGUGAAUGACCAAUCACUGCACAGUGGAGGCAGAUCCCCCACAGAAAGCGACAGCAGCUCAGUGUCAGUCAGCCAGUCUGCGUACUACGACGGUCCAGAGAGUCUGCUCCUCAUCCAAAAGACAAGGCCACCUACAUCCUGCGCGCAUCUCAUCGGACUGCAUCCAUCUAUCGAGCACCAGAAACAAGAAAUCAAGCACAGCACACAACACGCGCCAUAUGGACCCGGCAACGGCCACCGCAGCAACAGCCCAUGCACGUCGUCGCUCCUCCAUCUCAGACUACAGCAGCCUCUUCUCCAAUGCCCAGCCCAAAGCCGCAAGCUUCAUCAACAAGACGCGACACCCUUCUCUCACCAUGAGCAUGAAGGGUGAACGACCGCCCGGUUUCAGCGCAUUGCAACGGGCCAUGGGGAAGAGCGGCGAUGAACAGGCUAUUGUUGAUGAUGAAUCAACGGCAGCAGGAUCAUCAAAUGGCAGUGAACAAGGUGAAGGCACGGGACAUCGACGUGCGCUGACGGACGAUCCUGUGGGGCUUGGACGACGCUUGUCACAAGGAGCGCGCGCAAUCAUGUAUAGUGGCAAUCGACUCAAGGGUGAUGGUGUGACGCUCAAGCGGACGCCUUCUUCACACAGGCCACGAGUCCGACUCUCAAUGAUGAGGAGUUUUCAGAGCUAGCGGCAACACCGGCAGCACCGGCGGCGGCGGCAGCAGCAGGGAAACAGAUUCGGCGCAAGAUGUCACCGACUGGUGAACGUAUGCUACGGGGUGAGCUGCAGAUGUGAAGAGACACGCAUAACUGACACGACACGACUUGGACAUUUAUGCAAAGGUGUCCAGCUUCCUUGACUACACGACAUUCUCUAUGCUAUGCCAACUAGCCUGAUACUCUCCCUUUCUCCGAGAGAGGCACGAUUCGAUAUUCCGCGCGAUGUCACCCGCGCGUCUCCUUG